CCGGUGCUCCCGCCCUCCUUCUCUCCAUCCCGCCCUCGCUCCCGCUGCUCCCGCUCCGCGCACGACGGCGCCGGCGUCCGGCCAUGUCAGCCGCCAAGCACCGGAGCCCUAAGGGGGGCAGCCCGCCUACCGCCGCCGCAGCCAACGAGCGGGGCGCGCAGCCGGGAGGCGCCGAGGAGGCGGCGGCCAAGAAGCCGGCGGCGGCUUCUCACGGCCGGGGCGGAAGGUCCGCCGGGGGCGGCGGAGGGGGCCGCUCGGGUUCUGGCCCCCGCCGCAGCUGGGCGCUGCUGUUGGGCGCCGCGGUGGUCCUGGGCGCCGCGCUGCCCGCCGGCUGGUACGUGCGGCAGCUGCGGGAAGAGGUCGGGCGGAGCGCCCGGGAGAGGGAGGCCUCCGGGCGGCAGCGGCAGGAGCAGGCCGCCACGCUGGACGCCGUGGGGCAGAAGGUGCGUUCACUUCAAACCACAUGUGGAGAAUUUGAAUCCAUGAUGAAGAUUGCUCAACAAAAGCAGGAAGUUACUGAGAAGGCUGUUAAACAAGCGGAAAAUGAAAUAAACAGGAUCAGUGAAGUGCUUCAGAAGCUGCAAAAUGAAAUUUUGAAAGACUUAUCUGAUGGCAUCCACAUGGUAAAGGACGCAAGGGAACGAGACUUCACAUCUCUGGAAAACACAGUGGAGGAGAGACUAACAGAGCUAACCAAGUCUAUAAAUGAGAACAUUGCUGUAUUCACUGAAGUCCAGCAAAGGAGCCAAGAUGAAAUCAACAAUAUGAAAGCAAAGGUUGAUUCACUAGGAGAAGCAAAUAUGUAUAAACAUGAAAUUAAGGUGCUAAAAGAUGCUUUUGAUGAGAUGCAGAUGUCCAUGAAAAGCAAAGAAAAGGACAUAGAGGCCUUGAAGAGUACAAUAGACUCCAUGGAGUCUGAUGUAUAUACUGAGGUUAAAGAGCUAGUCAACCUCAAACAAGAACAUGAGAAAUUCAAAGAGGCUGCAGACACCGAACACCUUUCAUUAAAAGCUUUGCAAGAGAAAGUUUUGAGAGCUGAGGAUUCUAUUAUGCAUCUCCCUGGUGACAUUAAAAGACUUGAUGAAGAUUUACUACAAGUUAAAGCUGACCUUAACAAAUGGGAAGAAAAUGAACUCUUCAAAAAAGCAUUUGAAAAUUUUGGGAAGAACACUGAAGGAUUGGAGUCGCGAUUGAGGCACAUAGAAGACAGCCUGGAGUCUCUAACUGAUGUUGCUGCUCAAAGCAGUGAAAAAUUGCAAUCUUUCCUCUCUAAGGAGUCAGAAUAUAAGAAUAAGCUCAGUACCCUAGAACAAAGCAUUACUGCUCUUCAGGGAAUGUCAGACACGGACAUAACGUCAGUCACAGACAUUUUGAAAAAUCUUGGUGAAUCACAGACAUCACUGUACAAUGAUGUGGAGAACUUGAGGAGAAUGAUCAAUGACCUGCCAUCCCCCAGUGCUCUUCAGGAUGUCCAGAAGCAACUUCGUACUUUGUUGGAUCAAGAAAAUCUUCAGAUGGGUCAAACACAUUCCCAAGGCUAUCUCGAAAAAUUUUCUUCUGUGGAAGGCUCUGUAGAUGAGCUGAGAUCAUCUGUCAGCCAGGUUGAUUCUGAUUUGAAAAUGAUAAGAACUGCAGUGGAUAGUUUAGUCUCCUACUCAGUGAAAAUUGAAAAUAAUGAGAACAACUUGGAGUCUUUGAAGAGCUCAAUAGAUGACCUGAGGAAUGACCUGGAAAGGUUGUUUGUCAAAGUUGAAAAAAUACAUGAAAAAAUUUAGGCAGCAAUUUGCUUCUUCUGCAAAUAAUGGAUUAAGGAGAAUAGCUUUUGUAUGCCCAGUUUUUUACUCUUUUUAAAAGCAAUUUGAUACCUCCAAAGAGAAUAAGAAUACUUAGUAGUAGAAACAGUUCUGCUUAUUUCUUUUAUUUCUCUUUUGUGUAGUUUUUUUUGUUUGUUUUGUUUGUUUGUUUGUUUGUUUUAAGAAAU